AUGGCUGAGCUAGGAAUAUCCACCUUAUUGGUCUGUUUGCAAUUGAUCCUCUGCUUACUCAGCCUUGGCGUCGACGCCUUCCAGUCACCUCCAGACACAUACACGGCACGGUCAAUCUUGUACUCCACUGGCAAUAGUCCCACGUCCAUUGAUGCCUGCCCGUUUUCCAAGAAAUUUCCCAAAUAUCGAAUCGAUCUGUCACGGUCCAAUGGGAACAAGAAGAAUGAAAAACCGUCGUGGGUACCCUUUCUGGGCGACGUGCAAAAAUCCAUGGACAGGGGCAAGCUAGAGCAGCAAUUUCCCCAAGCCGUGGACUGGAUGGAUCCAGAAGCUGCCGGUAUCUCGGUCUUUACCAGACUCUGGAAAAGUGCUGUCAAUCUUUGCGAUGAAGCCGAAUCUACCCAACGAAUAAUCAUUGGAGUAUCUGAUGCACACCAUUGUGGGAUCGCUGAGGACUGGGUGGACAUUUUGAAUUGGAUGCAAAAUGAGGAAGCACUUGCCCCCUAUCGGGAAAUUUCCUUAUUGGCGACAAUUCACAAGGAAGGACAACUGGUGGCAGUGGAGAUUACCCGCCAAGGUGGGCUAUCAUCGGCAAUCACCAGCUCCGACGCUGCGUACGACCCCAAAACACUUAACAGGAGGACUCAGGCUUGGGUAAAGCGAAUAUUGGUAGAUCAAGGAAUUUGUCCAUUUACAAAGAGCGUCAAAGUGAGUGGUCAGGGGCUGGGGGAUCUUGGAAUCCCCGUCGCCAAGAUCCAUUACUGCUCUUCCAACGCCAGCUGCCUUCAAAUAUGCCGCCUCAUGGCAGACACGUGGGAAGAAAUUGCUUUCAUGCUAGAGAUGGGACCCAGUGGCAAGGACGGAAUCAGCAGCAUUCUCUUGGCAGCCCCCGAGUACGACAAUAACUUUGAUCUUUGGUCGGGCCCAAUCUUUGCCAUGCUCGAGACUGGGGUUGUGGCGUGUCGGUUGCAAAAACAAGUGGGAGUGGUUUGCUUUCAUCCCAUGUAUGCGACACCCGAUGGGUCGUCGUUCCCUGGUUUUGGGCACAUGCAUUCGGGCGGACCAGUUGGAAGCCGCAGAAGGACGUCGUACCACGGGAGAGCUGUAUAG